UCUGCCCCGAACCGGUCUUUUUUAACUCCUUUUGAUCAUCCCCCCCCCGCUUCCGUCUCUCGCCAACAUCAUCUUCUUCUCCAUCAUCCUUUCCUCUCUUCUCUGCUCCUAACUUCUCGUCUGUCAUUUCGGUAAGUGCCUCUUUUUCGUCCCAGUCCACCGGUUUCCCAUGUCGACGUGUCGACCUUUCCCGCUUCCCGUGCGGCGAUACUCGCGUUCUACUCCCCACACAUCCUGUCCGACUUUGUUUCGCUAAGAGCCAUCUGUUAUCCUCGCUGCCACCGUUGCCGCUACUUACUGUCCUGUUCUUCUGUUUAGGCGCUACGUUUAUUACUAUCUAUUAUUACAUAAUUUCUAGUUGCAGUUCCGUCUAAUUGAUGAGGCGUCUCUGUCGCGAGAAGCAAUGACGACUAAGAUGAUCUGGUUUCAACAUUUUUCCAAGCCAAGAAUAAUCAAAGUCUUCCUGCCCGCCUUCCAUCCGCCGUCACCGUUGGCCGCCUAUUGGGGCCUAGCCAAGCCGCCUUUCUGUGGCAGUGGACUUGCGAACCACGGCCGCCAGGAAUCUGCGCCAUGGACGGCAGUCAUUACAUCCUGCAGCAAUGCCAAUUCGAAGCAUGCCAAUCGACUAUCCUGCUAGGCGGCCCCUACUGUACUACCCACGGCAAAUUCUUUCCCAACUUUGCGACCGACGCAUCCGUUCUUCAUAUCUCUGGCCAGCAUCGGCAGCUAAGCAGUGAUCAUAGACCUCUACAUCCUGUUAUGCAGCGGUCAUCCCAGCCUGCCGGGGAGUUUUCGAAGAUGGGCUCCCCAGACAAGUUAGGCGACGCUAUCACUGUGAAACCUCCUCUAACGGCGACGACGUCGGGCCGCGCCGGCAGCAAGAAGCACCUCCCUGACAAGCACGUCGCGAGGAAGACCACUAGCGGCACUACUGCUCCGAAGCCAACGCCGAUUCUGACUGCGGCACUUUCUGACUCUAGAUCGUCCGUCGUCGACGGCGCCUCCUCGGAUCACCGGCCUGCAAAGAGACCGCGGUUAUCAAUCGAUGUGGGUAAAGGACCAGAUGCUCGUCAUUUGCACUCCUCGUUUGCGGACAACAACUUCCGCGGGCCGUCCAGCCUCAAACCAGCCAGUAUUGAAGAGCGCGACCCGAGAUUCACGGAACCCUCGGAUUUCGCGCUCCGGCCAAAGAAAGGAAACCCGGACCUGUACCGACCCAGCUCCCAAGAUCGGCGAAUGGUGCCUCCUAGAGAGCCUCAGUACGAAAACCCUCUUCGUAGUUCGCCCUAUAACUACGUCAAGAGCCGGGGGAUCUCGUUACAUCCAUUCGUAGACCUCACCGCGGACGAUUCUGCACUCCAUCCUUCCUCCGCUGCCAGGCAGCACGAUUUGCACGGAAAUAAGCGAGAAAGCUAUGGAAAGACCUUGGUAGAUCCUCGUACCUAUGCUCAGGAAUUGCGACAUGAUGGUAGGCCGAUUGAGGUGCAAAUUGGCUCAAAUCGGGCCCAAUCUCUUACAGCACACUUAGGCAUCUCGACUGCCAAGGCUUCGAUUGAGAAUUUAAAUGCUACGUCGAGAGGCGAGCCAAACCGCUGCCGCAGUGUCGGCUCUAGUUCGUUAACCCUCCCACACCCCAAUAAGGAUAACACGAAAACGAUCCCUCGUCCCGAAGCCGUGUCUGUCUCUUUGAGUUCGCAAGCACCCCUUCCAGCUCUGCAGCGUAAAGCAACCAAGGACGAGCAGGAGCCCCCACAGCGCCCUCAAACCUCUGUCCCUUCGGAAGCCUCUACAGAAGCAACCCCCCAGAAGGAGCAAAAGCAUCGGCCAGCUGAAUUUCCAGCAAAAACGCCAGCGACGCGAGAUGCCACGCCACAUCCCGUUAACAUACCUAAGAAGCAGGAGGCUCGAGAAGCGACUAUCAAGGAUGUUUCGGUAACAAGGAUUCCUACCGGGAAAACAGACGUUGAAAGACACUCCAAGGAGAUCAGUCCGUCAGCCGUAUCAAGUCAAAAAGCAAAGGAGCCCGUGAAUGGGACAGUGGGAACCUCCGGUCCAAUUGUGAUAUCUCAAGGAAACGGUACGACUGCUGGGUCCCAGGACAAUAUAGAUAUUCCGUCAUCAAAACCAGACAUACUCCAGCAAGCCGCCCGGGAUACGGCCGAGGAGACAAGCAAGGAGACAACCAGGGGGACAAUCAAGGAGAUUAAAAAGGGGAUUAACAAGGGGAUUACCAAGGAGACUACCAAGGAGGCUACCAAGGAGAUGGCCAACGGUAUAGAUGAACAGCAAGACGCAAAAAGUCCAGGCUCCCCCAAAGUACAACCUGCGCCUAAGCCGCUAGCGACUGGGUUACGUGCCCCUUCGACGGAACCCAUCAUCGACGCGUCGCAGAGCGCUAAAGCUGGUGGUGUGGGAAAAAGGCCCGCUGGCCCCUCGGGUCUCGCGUCUCUGGUCCAGGGUCGAAGUUGGAGGCACCUUAACCCCGAGGAGAGACGUCAAGUGUGGCUCGCUAAUCACGAUCCUGACGUAUUCGACGGGUACAUAUACGGAAAGGCCAACGAGCCUAACCGACCCGGCUCUAGCCUGUAUGGCGUUCCCGACUAUCUGCAACCGUCACGGCCAACACGCCCAGCAGCGCGAUACGCACACAUCGACCCACGAAUCCACUGGGCGCAACCUCGUUCCCAGAAAUGGUACCGCGAGAAGCAGGAAGAGAUUCGUGAGCGAGGAGCUAAAAAAUCCAAUUUCGGCAAAGCAGCGGCUCGGGCAGCACAGAGAAGACGAGAGGAGGCCGACAACCCCCCGAGAAUGGACCUUCCCGAACGAGUACGGAACAAUCCCGCAUGGUUGGCCGCAAUCGACGAACUCGACGAAAUUGCUGAACAAUACCACCUGCGGAAGCGUAAGGAACACCAAAAGCGCAUGGAACGCCGCAAAAAAAGGCAGGAGAAGGAGAAGCAAGGUGAAUCGAACGGGGUAGCAAACAGCAUUGACGAGAUGGAAAUAGAUCCCUCUUGAGCGUGCGGGGCCAGAAGAGCCGCAUAUAAAAUCUUGCGGCCAGGUUCAAAGGCAGAGGUAGACUUUGGGAGCUGGCACGACGGGCGAGUGCCUACUUACGACCCAAACUCCCCUUGUAACCUUGAGCUUUAGACUCCAAACUACCUCUCUUAUGGACGAAAUUAGAAACAGAAAUACGGAGUAGGCUUAUCGGGGGGGGGGGGGGGGGAGAAGAUAGAAGAGGACGCGGCCGCAUGCCAUGUGGUAUGUGCGAGACGUAGGUCUUCUGAAGGAGGGAGGAGGAU